GUAUCGCUUGUGGCUCGGGUGCCCUCGCCGGGCAUCUCUCAGUAUUCUGGGCACGUGCCCUCCCCUCGGCGGAGAGGCGGCUGAGGCCUGUCACAGGCUGGGCGCGCUCCGGACGGGGUGCUCCUGAGUCAGGCCACGAGCGUGUCGUGGUAGACGUCCACUCGGCCAGUCCUUCUCUGCUUCUGAGCGUGUCAGCAGAAAACAAGAUUAUCUUCCUAUCCAAAAAGAUGAAACAACUGGGUUACUUUCAAAAAUCAACCAAGUGAGCACCGCAGACUAAUGAGUAGAAUCAAUAAGAACGUGAUUUUGGCUGUAUUAACAUUGACAAGUUCAGUGUUUCUGCUUUUUCAGUUGUACUACUACAAGCACUAUUUAUCAACAAAGAAUGGAGCUGGUUUAUCAAAAUCCAGAGCAAGCCAAAUUGGAUUUGACAACACACAGUGGCGUGCAGUUAAAAAAUUUAUUAUGCUAACAUCCAGCCAGAAUGUACCAGUGUUCCUUAUCGAUCCUUUGAUUCUGGAAUUGAUUAAUAAAAACUUUGAACAAAUCAAAAAUAUUUCUUAUGGCUCCACUUCAGAAUGCAAGUUUUUCUGUGUUCCAAGAGACUUCACUGCAUUUGCAUUACAGUAUCACCUAUGGAAGAAUGAGGAAGGCUGGUUUCGGAUAGCUGAGAAUAUGGGAUUUCAGUGCCUAAAGAUUGAGAGCAAAGAUCCCCGGCUAGACGGGAUAGAUUCACUUUCUGGAACCGAAAUCCCCCUGCACUAUAUCUGCAAAUUGGCCACUCAUGCCAUCCACUUAGUAGUCUUUCAUGAGAGGAGUGGCAACUACCUGUGGCAUGGCUAUCUACGACUCAAAGGCCACAUUGACAGGAAAUUUGUUCCUUUUCGAAAGUUACAGUUUGGUCGUUAUCCUGGAGCUUUUGACAGGCCAGAGUUACAGCAAGUUAUUGUUGAUGGACUAGAAGUUCUCAUUCCUAAAGAUCUAAUGCACUUUCUAGAAGAAAUACCACACUCUAGGUUUAUUGAGUGUAGGUAUAAAGAAGCUCGAGCAUUUUUUCAGCAGUACCUUGAUGAUAACACUGUGGAAGCUAUGGCCUUUCGAAAGAGUGCAAGAGAAUUAUUGCAACUAGCAGCCAAAACAUUAAAAAAGUUGGGAGUACGAUUCUGGCUGAGCAGUGGAACUUGUCUAGGAUGGUAUCGGCAGUGCAACAUUAUUCCUUAUAGCAGAGAUGUCGAUCUAGGAAUUUUUAUACAAGAUUACAAAUCUGAUAUUAUUUUAGCAUUUCAGGAUGCAGGACUUCCACUCAAACACAAAUUUGGGAAGGUCAGUAACAAAAAUUGGCUUUAUUUCAUAAGUAACAUGUCUCAAUUGUAA